UGCUGCCGCCAGUCGGCGGGAGAGGCUGCUGUUUCCUGGCGGUCCUUUCUAGCUCAUCUGGUGGCCGGGGCUGUUGUGUUUUCAGUCGCCAGGUCGCGUAUCAUGACGUCCGCCUUGGAGAACUACAUCAACCGAACUGUUGCUGUCAUUACUUCUGAUGGGAGAAUGAUUGUGGGAACACUGAAAGGUUUUGACCAGACCAUUAAUUUGAUACUGGAUGAAAGCCAUGAACGAGUGUUCAGCUCUUCACAGGGAGUAGAACAAGUGGUACUAGGGUUAUACAUUGUAAGAGGCGACAAUGUUGCAGUCAUUGGAGAAAUUGAUGAAGAGACAGAUUCUGCACUUGAUUUGGGGAAUAUUCGAGCAGAACCUUUGAACUCUGUAGCACACUGAGGAAAAACUACAUAUAUCACACAUCUGUAAAUCUUUGUACAGAAACUGAUUAUUCUGAGAUUGAUGGUCUGAAUUUUUAGGAAUGUGUAAUUGUGGAUUUUGACUCCAUGUUGAUUCAUUGUAAUAUGAUAUGUAAAUUAAAGUAUUUCUACAUUUUCUUGAAAAAAA